CUGCGCUACUACAAUUCCCAGAAUCCCGCACUCCACCACAAUCCCCUGAGUCUGCCGCGCAGAGUCCUGGGACUUGAAGUCCACGGCUUAUUUACACAAGUUGGAGAGAGGGGCCUGCGGAAACAUGAAGAGGGUAAACAGCUGUGUGAAGAGUGAUGAGCAUGUCCUGGAAGAGUUGGAAACAGAAGGGGAGAGGCAGCUGAAAAGCCUCCUUCAGCAUCAACUUGAUACCGCCGUCUCCAUUGAGCAAUGUGUGUCUAAGAAAGAGAGCUUUGCUCCUGGUACUAUGUAUAAGCCCUUUGGGAAGGAAGCAGCGGGGACUAUGACUUUGUCCCAGUUCCAGACACUGCAUGAGAAGGACCAGGAAACAGCUUCUCUCAGGGAACUAGGGCUCAAUGAAACAGAAAUCUUAAUCUGGAAGAGCCAUGUUUCAGGCGAAAAGAGGAUGAGACUGAGGGCAACCCCUGAAGCAAUACAGAACCGUCUUCAAGAUAUUGAAGAAAGGAUCUCAGAGCGUCAGCGCAUCCUUUGCCUGCCACAGAGAUUUGCAAAGAGCAAACAGCUGACCCGGCGAGAAAUGGAAAUAGAAAACUCUUUAUUUCAGGGAGCUGAUCGUCACUCCUUCCUUAAGGCUCUUUAUUACCAAGCAUACCACAAAAAGACAAGUGCAGACAAGUACAUGACCUCAAUGAAGAGGAAGAUAAAAUUAGGCACAAAAGAUGAACCCCAAAAGAAGAACAAAGGUGAUCCCAUGAACAACCUGGAAAGUUUUUACCAAGAGAUGAUAAUGAAAAAACGUCUCGAAGAGUUCCAACUUAUGAGAGGUGAACCCUUUGCUUCCCACUCACUGGUCUCAGCUGCAUCAGUGGGAGAUAGUGGCACAGCUGAGAACCCGUCAUUACUCCAGGACAAGGGAAAACAGGCAGCACAGGGUAAAGGUCCCAGUCUCCAUGUGGCAAAAGUUAUUGAUAAUUCACCUGAGCAGUGUUGGACUGGGCCUAAGAAGCUGACGCAGCCAAUAGAAUUUGUCCCAGAAGAUGAGAUCCAGAGAAAUCGUUUGUCAGAGGAAGAGAUCCGAAAAAUUCCUAUGUUUUCUUCAUAUAAUCCAGGGGAGCCAAACAAGGUGUUAUACCUGAAGAACCUUAGCCCUCGGGUGACAGAAAGAGAUCUUGUCUCAUUGUUUGCUCGGUUCCAGGAGAAAAAAGGACCCCCAAUUCAGUUCCGAAUGAUGACUGGACGAAUGAGGGGUCAGGCUUUCAUCACCUUCCCCAAUAAGGAGAUAGCAUGGCAAGCAUUACAUCUAGUAAAUGGAUAUAAACUACAUGGGAAAAUAUUGGUGAUAGAAUUUGGAAAGAACAAAAAGCAACAGUCCAAUCUCCAGGCUGCUUCUCUUAUGUCAUCUGCUACAGAAAGCACUACAAAAGUCAGUGAUAGCUAGACUAUAUAUACAUUGGAGUCCCAGAAGGUCUUUCUUGCAUCAGAAUCUUGGAUCUAGGAUUUCUGUAUAGAUAGCAUUUUGUUUGGAAUUGAAGAAGAGAAACUUAACUGAAGGAGAAAAAAUAUAAUUAAGAUAAUCCCUUUCAGAUUUUGGAAAGAAUUGGUAGAGAACAUUUUCUAUAAUCAAACACAAUAUAAGACAUACAGUAUGCUGAAUCUGAAGGGUAGGAUAAAAAGAGUUUCAUUUUCUCAGGAUAAAUUACAAAGGAUUAUGUCCAAGGAUUUUUUUAAUCUUUAUAAUUUAUCUGGGGUAUUAAAUAUUUGUCCCUAGAUACAUCUUUUCUAAAACUGCCUCUUAUGUACAGAACUUAAAAACAAAUUAAAUAUUGAAAUAUUCAUUUAUUAAAGUCCAUUUUUCCCUACUUUUAUUCACCUAGUAAAUAAAUGACCAGCACCCCAGGACAAAACAUCAACAAAUGCUGUUAAAUGAGAACUAUCAGCAGUAACAGUGUGUGGUUUCAUAAGUCAGUACACACAUUUAAUUAAUGCUUGCCCAUUAAGUUAUUGGUGUCUUCAAAAGUCAUAUAUUUUUCUAAUGUAAGCAUUUAGAUCUAAAUAUUGAUGUUUUCAUGGUCAUUAAGCUAGCUACCAUUGAGUAAUCAUUGAAUUCAAAGCAAUAAAUAUUGAAUAAGCAUAUAAUAUAUUGUUAGGCAUAUGAAUUUUAGAUGAAGAACAUACUAGCAAAAAUUAUUAAAGGGGGGAUAGGAAGAGAUUGUUCUCUAGAAGAGAGACAGCCAAUCCCAAAUCCCCCAGUUGUUUAUAGUUGCUAGAGAUUAGAUAAUAUGGUACAGAAGAAGUAGUACAAACUUGAGUUACACCUGUUUGAACAUCACAGCCACACUUAACCACUCCAUGACCUUGGCAAGUCUUUUAUAUUCUGAACCUCAGUUUUCUCAUCUAUAAAAUAAGGAUAAUAAAACUACUUACCUCGUUAAGUUGUGAGGAUAAAAUAAGAUCUAGACUGAAGAACAGAAAGAAAAAAAGAAUGAAGGAAAUUGAAGAGCGUAAGACCAUUAAGUACUCCAACAUACUUGUAAUGGGAGUACCAGAAAAAGAGAAGAGAAAGAAAUGAGCAGGAAAAAAAGUAUUUCAAGAAAUAAUGGCUGUAAACAUACCAAAUUUGAUGAGAAACAUUAUCUACACAUCCAAGAAUCUCAACAAACCCCAAGUAGGAUUAGCAAGAAGAAAUCCACAGACAUAAUAAAAAUGCAAAAACCCAAAGACAGAGAAAGUCUUGAAAGCAACAUGAGAAAAAUGAAACAUCACAUUCAAGGGAACCCCAAUAAGAUUAACAGCUGACUUCUCAUCAGAAAAGAUGCAGGUAGCAAUGGGAUAACAUUCAAAGUGCUCAAAGAAAAAAACAAUAUAGAAGCCUACAUUCAAUAAAUCUACUUUUCAAAAAUGGAGAUGAAAUAAAGGCAUUCCUACAUAAUCAAAAACUAGGAGAAUUUGUUGCUGGCAGACCUGACUUAUAGGAAAUAUUAAAGGAUGUUCUUUAGAUGAAAAGCAAGUGACCUCGGACAGUAAUUUGAAUCUACACAUCCAAAAACAUAGCACGGGUAAAGGUAAUUAUGUAAUUAUAAAAGACAAUCUAAAUGCAUUUUUUCUUUCUGAAUUGAUUUAAAAAGCAAGUUUAUAAAACUAUGUAUAUAGUUGCAUUUAGGGGCCUAUAACAUGUAAAACUAAUAUAUUUGCCAAUAACAGGACAAAAGAGGUAGAUGGAAGCAAAACUGUAUUGGCCUGAAGAAGUGACUCCAAAUGGUAACUCAAAUCCACAGGAACGAAUGAAGAAAACAACAAAUAUGAAAUAAGGUUAAUAUUAAAAAGUUAUACACUUGCUAUUCUCUCAGCUUCUUAAAAAGACAAAAUUAAGUAAUAUUUGUAACAAUGUGUUGUUUGGUUUAUAACACGUAGAAAUAUAUAUAACUAUAGUAUAAAGAAGUGGGGAAAGGAAUUGGUUUAUAUAGGAAUAAGGUUUUUAUCUCAUUCGAAUUUAGUUAGUAUACAUCUGAAGCCAGUUCAGUUAAGAUGUGCAUGGUAGGCUUUAGAACAACCACUAAGGAAAUAAUUGAAUAUAUAUAGUGGAAAUAUUAUUAAAGAAAGUAUUACAUUAGGAAAUUUUCAAUAUAAAGCAAUGUAAAAGGAAGAAUGGAGAAACAAAAACCUGAGACCUAUAGAAAACAAACAGUAAAAUGGCAGUUGUAAACACACCUUUGAAUAAUAACAGUGAACAUAAAUGGAUUAAGCAGUGCAAUCAAAAGUCAGAGACUGUCAAACCAGAGGGGAAAAAAUAUAUACCUCUAUACUACAAUAGCAGAAUAUACAUCUUUAAGUGCACAUGAAACAUCUCCAGGAUAGACCAUAAAACAAACCUCAGUAAAUUUAAGUGGACUCAAACCAUGCAAAGUAUGUUCUCUGACCACAUGGAAUGAAGUUACUAAUCAAUGACAGAAAGUUGGAAAAUUAACAAAUAUGAAUUAGACACUUUUUGAAAUGACCAAUGGGUCAAAGAAGAAAUCACAGGAGAAACUAGGAAAUCUUUUGAGGUGAAUGAAAAUGAAGACACAACAACCCAGACUUAUGGGAUGCAUCUAAACCAAUGCUUAGAAAAUUAUAAAUACAAAUGCCUAUAUUUUAUAAAGAUCACAUAUCAAUAACCUCAAUACCUUAAGACCCUGGAAAAACAGGAGCAGACUAAGCCUAGAGCAAGCAGAGGGAAGCACAUUUUUAAACAUAAAUGACAAUAAAAAAAGUCAAUGGAACCAAAGUUGGUUCUAUAAAAAGAUCAAUGAAAAUGACAAACCUUUUACUAGAUUGACUAGGAAAAAAAACCCUCAAAUUAUUAGAAACAAAAGAGGAAAUGUUACUACCAACCUUAUAGAAAUAAAAAAUUCAUGAAGGAACACUAUGAACAACUAUAUGCCAAUAAAUAAAACACAGAAACUAUUGAAACCAAUGGAAAAAAUCUAAAAAGACCUAUAUCAAAUAGGUUAAUUAGUAAUUUUUUAAAAUACCCACAAAAGCCUAGGCUGAAAUGGCUUUUCAGAUAAAUUCUAGCAAACAUUAAAGAAGAAUUAAUACAAAUUCUUACAAACUCUCCCAAAAAGUAAGAGGAAGGAAGACUUCUGAUAUAUGCUACAACAUGGAAAAACCCUGAAGACAUGCUAAAUGAUAUGACAGUGACAAAAGACUGUACAUUAUAUGAUUUCGUUUAUAUGAAGUGUCCAAAAUUGACAAAUAUAUAAAGACAGAAAAUGAAUUACUGGUUGUUUAGGGCUGGAUGUGAUAGCUGAAGUGUAUUAGGUUUCUUUAGAGGUUGAUGAAAAUGAUUAAAUUGUACAACUCAGUGAAUAUACUACAAAUCAUGAUUGUAAACUUUAAAUGGGUAAAUUUCUAUGGUAUGUGAAGUAUAUCUCAAAGUCUCACACACACAAAGAAUUGAAUACAACCCAAAUGUCCAUCAGUAGGAGAAUAGAUGAAUAAAUUAAUGCCAUAUCCAUUUAGUGGAACACUACAGCCACCAAAAUAAUGGGGAAUAUCAACAAAUACAUUCUAACCAUUAUGGUGUCCAGGGUUUUGUAUUAAGUCAAAAAGCAAGAAACAUUGUACAGCUGAUCUUUAAACAACAUGGGUAUGAACUAUGCAGACCCACUUAUACAAAGAUUUUUUUUCGAUAAGUACCUAUACUGUUUUCAGUCCAUGGUUCGGAGUUCAGGGAAGCAGAGGGCCAACUGUAUGCAUUAAUCUAUGCCAUUUUAUAUAAGGGACUUGAGCAUCUGCAGAUUUUGGUAUCUUCGGGGUCCUGGAACAAUCCCCCGUGGAUCCCGAGGGACAACUAAGUUUCCAGGGAGUCAAAAGUUAUAUAUGGAUUUCCAACUGCGUGGGGUUCAGUGCCCCUAACCCCCAUAUUGUUCAAGGGUCAACUGUAUAAUGUGAAUACAUUUUUUAAAAACAUUUGCAUAUAUAUAUGGUAUAUGUAUAUAUAGAUAUUUUUUAAUAAAAUUAGGGAAAAGCUGGGAAAUAUACAUACCAAAUUGUAAACCUUUUAGAGGUGGGAUUGGAUAGGCUGAAAGGGGACUUUUGCUUUAUUAAAUUUUUAAAGUGGUUUGAGGUGAUUUUCAGUAUUUUUUUUUUAACUAAAAUUUUUUUUUUAAAUACUCUGGCAAUGAUGGCUUCCAGAAUAUAUAUCAGGCCUUCUUUUAGGAUAUCUAACUAUACUCAGGACAAACUCCUAUUCUUUUGUUAUACUGAUCACUUAGGAUUAACUCUCCAAUUUUAAAUAUAGUUUAAGGAAUGAGAAGUAAGUUAUCCUGGUAUAACCUCUUGCACGUGUUUCCCAGGGGCAUACUUCUAACCUGGAAUUUUCAGAAGGAAAUUCUUCCUGUUGGGUGGAAAAUCUCACUUCUGCCCUUUACUAGACCUAUGGACCACUAACAAUAGAGGAAAAUUAAAAUGGAGAAUGACUCUCAACUGGUGCAUAGAUAAACUGGUAUAUCCAUACAAUGGAAUCCUACUCAGCAAUAAAAACUAUGAUGAACUGUGAUAUAUGCAACAACCUGGAUGAAUCUCAAAUGCAUUUUGCAAAGUAAAAGACACCAAACUCAAAAUACUACUUACUGUUUGAUUCCAUUUAUAUGAUAUUCUGGAAAAUAAAAUUACAGGGCCAGAGAACAAAUCGGCGGACGUCAGGAGUUAAAAAUGGGAGACUGAUUACAGAGUGGUAGCACAAGAAAUUUGUUUUAAUAAUGGAAAUUUUAUGUAUCUUGAUUAUAGUUAAAUGAGUUAUGCAUUUGUUGAAACUCCUAGAAUUGUAUGCCAAAAGGUAAGUUUUACUGUAUGUAAAUUUUAAAAUAAAUACGAUUUUAAUGGAGGAAAGAAAAA